AUGCCCAUUUGUCGCUCAUGGUUUCAUCCCGUUACAAUUGAAAAUCAUACUCUUCGUCUAGUUCUACCAUUGAAUUGUACAGUUGCCUUUUUUAUUGGUAAAGGUGAUCAACAUUAUUUUGAAACAUCCGUUUUCCUAAUAUAUAACAUGAGUAUUCCAAUUCUAACCGACUAUUUUACAAUUAGAUGUCAGGAAAAUGAUAUUACUGAUAGUACGAAAAGGCAAAUACAACCACGACAAUAUCCCGUUCAACCACGAGUAUCUAUUCGAUAUGAUUCUAUUGUUCGACAACGACUAGAGAACUAUACACUUCAGACGAAGAAAAAUACGACAGUAGAUGAAUAUAAUGUACUUAUUUUGGGGGUGGAUAGUGUCUCGAGGCUACAUUUCGAGCGGUUAAUGCCCAAAACGUACCGCUACUUAACGCAUGAGUUGAAUGGAAUCGUCCUGAAAGGAUACAAUGUUUUAGGUGACGGCACACCCCAGCAAGUUAUUCCCAUGCUCACGGGUUAUAAAGAACAAGAACUACCCUCAACACUACUACGUAUUAAAAAUAGUUCGUUUGUAGACGUUUAUCCUUUUAUCUGGAAGGAUUUUGAACGCAAUGGUUAUGUAACAGCUUAUGCUGAAGAUCGUAUGGAGUAUGGAACAUAUACGUUACGAUUACGUGGCUUUAAAAAUAAUCCAACUGAUCAUUACAUGCCACCUUUUUAUCUGAUGAAAUCGACAAUGGCAUUAUUAUAUAAGAAAACUACACAUUGUGUAGGUAGUGAAACCCCGUUGGAAUUGUUUUUAUCCUAUUUAAAAACAUUUUGGAAAUCGUAUGAAAAUAAUAAAAAGUUUUAUUUCGGCUUUUUUAAAAUGUAUACACAUGACAAUUACAACAUGGGACAAAUAGGUGAUAAUGAUUUAUACAAGUUAUUGAAACAUCUUCGUGAUACGGGAGAACUAGAGAAAACAAUUGUUAGUCUGAUGACUGAUCAUGGUUCAAGAGCAUCAGAUAUCAGAUCAACACCACAAGGAAAAUUGGAAGAACGUUUGCCAUUUAUGAGUUUUAUAUUGCCAUCACAAUUUCGACAAAAAUAUCCUCAUGCCUAUAAGGCAUUAAAAGCAAACGUUGAUCGUUUUACAACUCCAUUCGAUAUUUAUGCCACAUUAAAAUCUCUAUUGAAUAUGAAAAAUUUGGGUAAUCAGGGUCAGAUAAAACAACGUUCAAUUAGUUUAUUUGAUUAUGUACCAGUCGAGCGAACGUGUGACGAUAUUAAUUUGGAACCCCAUUGGUGUUCGUGUUUAGAAUGGAAACCGGUCGAUAUUACCGAUGAGCUUGUACAAACAGCUGUUAAACAUAUUGUCGAGUACAUAAACGAAAUUUUAUUAGAAGCUAAUAGUUUAUGUCAACGAUUAUAUUUAGAUGGGGUAGAAAAUGUUGUUAUGCAUAAACCAAAUACAGCAUUGGUUACAUUUAGUGGUUCUCGAGAUAAAGAUGGACGUGUGCCUCAUUAUGAUAUAAGAAAUGCUGUUAAUAGCAUUAUGUUUUAUCAAAUAACAUUUAAGACAAAACCAAAUCAAGCUGUCUAUGAAGCAACAACACAAUAUUUAAUAAAAUCAAAAAAAUUUACAACAGAUUACGAACAUAUUAGUAGGAUUAAUAGAUAUGAGUCGCAAGCACAUUGUGUAGAACAAACGUUGUCUCAUUUGAGAAAAUUUUGUUAUUGUGUAUCAUGA